AUGAGGGGCGGCUACCAAUUAAGCUUAUUACUAAUUCCCUUCGUUCGCUUCGGUUCACUCGGCCAUUUGUCCUUUCGCUUAUGGCCCUAUGACUGCUCAGAAGAGAAAGCAGACUCAGAAGCCGAGGCAGGAAGUGAUCCAGGAAGAAGGAACCUUGCUAUCGAGACCCUGGGAGACGGCUGCUUCGUAACCAUUAGUGUUGACCGCGGAUAUCCCAGGUCACAUUGCGUGCGGGAUGUGUCGACCGGCAAUGCGAGGUCGUUUAGAUCAUCUCUCGUUCACAAGGCUGUUCUGGAGAACAGGGGGAGCUUCACAUAA